AUGGCUGUCGCAACAACAGUGGUGCUAAUCACAGGAGCAAAUUCGGGCGUUGGAUAUGCAACUGCCGAAGUGAUCGCUGAAGCAUCCGAGAGCUACCACGUCAUUCUCAGCAGCCGCAAUCUUGAGAACGCUGAGAAAGCCUUGGUUGAGAUCAGCAGCAAUGCCAACGUCAAAGGCUCGAUAUCAGCUCUGCAGCUUGAUGUCACCGACAGAGUCUCUAUUGAGGCGGCUGCCCGUGAAGUACUCAGAGACUUUGGUAAAGUUGCGGUGAGUGACUCAAUUACACCCUACGUGGCGUGGCUUAUGAGACAUAUAGCAAACCAAGAUCCAGAUCUUCAGAUCAGACUAAAAGAUACACUCGCGGUGAAUAUUAUAGGUCCUGCGCUUGUUACCGAGAUUUUCAAGCCCUUGCUACUGAAGUCUUCUAAGCCUCGAUCGAUUUAUAUAACUAGUGGACUAGGGUCCCUUCAUAAGGCGUCAGAUCCUGAUGAUCCCUCUUCGAAUAGACCAGGCACGACGGUCUACCGUAUCAGCAAAGUAGCGCUUAAUAUGCUCAUAGUGGAAGAGUCAAAGGAACUUGGCCCACGAGGAGUCAAAACAUUCGGGGUUUGUCCAGGUCAUGUACGAUCAAAUAUCCGUGGCCGCUCGGAGGAGGCCAUCAGUUCGGGAGGGAGAGCAGGAGACCCGCGUAUCUCAGGUCAGACAAUUCUGAGAGUCAUAGAGGGUCAACGCGAUCAACAUGUGGGAAAGAUGUUACAUAAAGACGGCGUCUACCCCUGGUAG